UUUUUCAAUAUUGUCCUAUCAUUUUAAAGCUUUCAUGUUUAGCAAUAGACGGUGACAGUUCCUUUUUUUUUUUUUUGUCGGAACAGUUACUUCAAAUCUAGAAAUCCAGAAACAUGAGCAAAAUGCAGGAUAAUUAAUUUAUCCAUUCAAAUCCAAGCCGAUUAAGAAAAAGAAAGAAAAGAAGGCAGGGGAAAGAUGGAGGUUGGUGGCGUAGCCGUGGGCGUGCAGAUGAAGAGCAUGGAAAGAAGAUGGGCAGUUGGUAAAAGAUGUGAUUAUGGAAAAUUGAAUUCAAGAAGAAGAAGAAAAUUGCCUGUUUACAUCUCCGCUAAUCCAUCUGACAUCAGCCCCCUGGAGCUUAGAGACCUCUACUCCACCUGCAAUCACUCGUGCCAUCGAUUUCCCAACCUCGACCAUAAUGGAAAAGUAUUAGAAGCUGUUGAUUUAAAUAAGCUUCGCGUUGCCCUCUCUCAUAGCUCUGUUCUCGUAUCUGUCUUUUGCAAUUUAGAGGACCUUGAACCCCAAGAAGAAGCUCUUUCUCUCAUGGGUCUGGGAGAUUUUCUGCGGAAAGUGACGCCUUUUCCUCUGCUCUCUCCUUCCAACUCCCAACUUGUCGGCUUUGGCCGUGCUGUUUCUGAUCUUGGAAUGACUGCUUCCAUACACGAUGUCAUGGUUAUUCCUUCAUUACGGGGAAUGGGAAUUGGAAAGAUAAUUGUUAACAAAAUCAUAAGAAUUCUUACAAACAGAGACAUUUAUGAUAUUGCUGCUCUUUGCUCUGCCAAUGAGAGGGUAUUCUUCAAAGCAUGUGGUUUUGGAGAUGAUGUAUUGGGUUCCACCACAAUGAUGUAUGCAAGGAGUGCUUCAACUUAUCCCGAAGAAGGUGACCAGAUGGUUAAACGUGCAGGUCGAAAACUUUUACUACUUCCGCCACUAAGAAAGCCCUAUGAACCGUCCAAGACUAUCAAGACCUAGAUGACGUAUUGUUGCAGAAGAAAUAGAAACGAAGGACUUCAAAUUUCAAUGAAAAUACAUUGCAGCUUUACUUGUUUGUCUGGUCUAUUGGCUUCGUUUGGAAUGAAAUCAAACUCAAUCUAUUUCUUA